GUCACUACAUCCCAGGAACAUCUAAAUAAUAUUAUAAAAUACUAGAAAGUACAAGAGCAUUUUUCUUCCCAAAUUGAAAAUGUAUAUGGUAAGUAGACCUUAUGUACGAUCAUCAUCUCGGUGUUGUAUAUUUUGUUCGUGCUUAAACAUACAAUACUUCACAACAGCCUGUGGAAUUUUGAAAAUUAUCCAACUAGUAAGUACUCACUAAGUAUUUAGAUUAAUUAAUAAUAAUACAUUAUUAUGUAAUCAUAAUAGUUGUAUAAUGUAUAAUUGACGUUGUAAAUACAAACUGCAUACAAAAAUAUUCUCAAAUUCUGUUUUGAUACUACUUUUCAAACUUUGCGCGGAAGAUACCUAUUAAUUAUAUUUACAAGCAUAGGAUUGAAUUAAGUUCAUGGACUAUUUGUUUUUUUCUUAAAUUCACCUAUUUGCUUAGUUAAUUUUAUUAUUGAUUUUUAUUAACUUUACAUAAUCCGUCAUUUCAUUACCGAUAUAGUUGUCAUAUUAGAAUACAUGAACUAAUAUUAUUUGGACUCUGGAUUAAAAUAAAAGACCCGAUUAAAGAUUGUCAAUUGAAAGUAUGAACUUAAUUCAUGCUUUGUUCACAUAUUUUGAACUUUGAAAUAAUUCAUUUGAAUUGGUAGGUAUAUAAAUAAUAUUGAGAGUUCAUAAUAAUUUUGUACCAAGUAAACAAAAUUAUUAUCAAUUCCAUUUUAAUCACGAUGAUGAAAUAAUCAAAUUUCAGCACCAUUUAAUAACUAAAACAAAUCUAUGCUCGACUAAAAACCAAGAAUUUAAUAUUAGAGGUAAAAAUAAAUUAUAAUUCAGUUUUGUACAAUUUAAAAUAUUUUCGAAUAACUUAGAUUUUGAUAUUGCUAUUUUUAAUUUGUUUUGUAGAAUAGGAUUGUCAUGUUAACAGUGGUGUCGUGCCACAUCACUAUUGCUUGUCCCCUAAUAGAUGCUCAAUUGAAAGAUUUAUGUUUAUUAAUUUAUUGCUACACUAAACAUAGCUAUUAGUUCAAAGUUCAAAUAUAAAUAUUUAUAUAUCUAAUAACAAAUAAUAUUAGAUUUAAUUAUCAGAAAAUGUGAUAAAUUAUUUUUUCAAUUAAAAAUGCAUAUUAACGACUAAAAGAUUUGUACGCAAUUAGAUUGUAUGUUAUACAAAUAUUUAGAAAAAUAUACUGUUCAUGUUAAUUAAAAACAUUAUUUUAAUUGUUAUAAUUAAUAUUUAAGUUUUAACAAUAAAAUUUCUAAAUUAUUAUUCAAAGUAAAAUGUAUAAAUAAAAUAACAUAUUAGGAUACCAUUGAUAAGUGAUGGAGGUAGUUAAAUUUAAUAUUAUUUAAUUCAAAAAAUAUUUAUUGUAAUUUAAUUUGUUUAUUGUUUUAUAAUUUAAACAAUAUUAUACAUAAUCAUUAAUUAUGCACUUAGGUAUUAGGUUCUAUUUGUCAAAGUAUAAUGCUAUUUUACGGAACAAAGUACAUGCCAACCUUUGGAACGUCUUAUGAAUCGUUCCUAACAACUGUUGCCGGAUGUCUAAUGACAACAUCGGUUAUUAGCGUGUCAUAUUUAUUAUCCAAAAAUACCGAAGUACUCGUUAGAUCAACACUUUUUGUAUGAAUAACUAAAAAUUACCUAUUGAGAAAUAAUAUAAGUGCAUCCACUUAAUUUCCAUUAAUUUUAUUUCAGGAAAUAAUGUUUGGAAUAUUUGCUUCGAUAUGUUAUUUUAGUUCUUCGUCGUUACUCACUAUGGCGGUCUACAUGUUAUUGUUUCCGAUUUUCAUGACUGUACCUUUUACUAGUCUGUUUUCAUCAAUAAUAUUAGCUUAUGUAAGAAUAACGGCAUUAAUGAUUUUUUUGUUAAAAAAAAUAUUAACUCAUUUUCUAUUGAUUUUUCAGACAAUAGGAUUUAUUCUCAGUGCUUUGUAUGCGCUGGACGCUUAUUGGGCAUUUAAAUACUACAAAGGCUUUCCAUAAAAAUAUGCAACUAUUGUUUAAGACUAAAUUAUAAUUAUAAUAAAAAAAAAAUAUAUUUUGACAGAGCAAACUUUCAACAAUUACUAUACUUAUUAUUCUUAAAAAAAAAUGUUAUAAAUAAAUUUGCUGUUCCAGUGAGUUGUUAUUACAUUUGGAAAAACUACAUUAUACAUAUUAUGAAGAUAUCACGGAGACCCAGGUGAUUCAAUCGUAAAUAUCUUCGCGAUCACAAACGUAUUGUACGAUAUCUUUAGGUCUGUGUAAUUUUUCGGCAUCCUCAUCGGGAAUUUCAAAUCCUAUACAAUUAUUGUAAUUAGAAAUUACAGUAUUAAUAAUUUGUAUUUAUAAAUUUUAAUAAAAUAAAAUGAAAGUUAUAAACACUUACCAAACUCAUCUUCUAUAGCCAUAAUAACUUCAACAUGAUCUAAGGAAUCCAAUCCCAGGUCGUUAAUGAAAUGAGAUUCAAGACUGAGCUGAAAUUCAUA